GUAUACAUCACACAGAGAUGGAUAUCAUUUUAGUGCCUGCUGUUCCUAAUGUUUUAUUUACUCAAAUUAUGCCAUCCAGAGGACGAGAGUGCAUAUGUCUCUUUAUAUGAAAUUCCUAUUACAGAAGGACAGAAGACACAAAGUUCAGAACAACAAAUAUAGCUGUGAUGGUAGGUUUAAAAUCCAGAUCGUUUUUAUGACCAUAUUGUCCCGUCAGUCACCCUUUUAACAACCAUCGCUAUAAAACAAACGUCUGCUGUGUUUCUGUUGCCUCUUGACCUCAUAGCACCCAGCUCAUUGCCCAUUGUAAAAAAACUGAGAGCGACCAUAUAAGGUUUGAUCAGCAGAUCACUUGCUCUUCUACUUGUCCAUUAUCCACUGACCAAAGCCACCACUUGUAUUCUUGCACAAGCCAAGAAUACAAGUGACCGUAACUGUGGGCACCUCAAAAUAUCCGUCUUCUCUGCCAUACCUAAUGUUUUGAUACUUGUAAAAGUUGGUUUUCUUGGUGAGGCAGCUGGAUGAGUUGUGUAAGUGUCCUCACAUGGCAGGAUGAGUGGCGUAAAGUGCUGACAUAGAUUUCCUGUCAGGAUGUAGUCACAUGGGGAGGUGGAACUACUUUACACUUCAUAAAGCUGUGGAGGAAUCAAAGAGUAAGGGGGAGCAGCAGAGAGGUAGGGACAUCUUAUUUUACAUAUUUCACUGAAGUAGAGCUGUGGCUUUGAUUUAGGCAGAUACCUUCUGUAAAGACUUUUCACAGUGAAAAGUGUUACUUCUGAGGAACUUCUCUGCUUGCUGGUGAGCUAUUACUUGAGUAACACUUGAUGCGAGUUGCACAACCAGAGUAAAACAUUAAUACAUUUCUGCAAUGGCUUUUAAAGCAUUCACACAAACCCAUGUCUAUGAAAGGCAAGAAGCCCCAAAAGAAAAGGACAAAUUCAGCAUUGAAUGCCUUGAGUGCUACGAUCGAAAUGUGUAUAUGGGGACCAAAUAUGCAACAGUCCAGCACCUCAUCCUACCAAGCAGCACAAAUGGAGAUCUGAGUCCAGGACAAAGCAAAACCAGAGAAGGUAGGGCAAGGAAACUAGGCUCAAGCAACCCAGUUGCCCAACUGAGGGUAGUCCCACUUUUCAACCAUCUGCUGGUCCUCUGGGACCGGAGCGUUACUGCCCUCAACAUGUUCUCCUUAGAACCUGUUCCUGCUUUGAAGAAAAUCCAGCAUGUGUCUUUGUUUGAAGUGUGCGACUCAUCGCUCACAGCUCAGGCAGAAUAUGUGGAGAUGGUGACUUCCUCCAGCCGCAGGAAGGUGAUCCGGGUCCACGUGGUGGGAGUGGACAGGUGGGAGGUUGUGAAGGAAGUCCCUCUGCUUCAGGAUCCUGUGGCCUUGGCAGUAGAUGGCACCAGUCUGUGUGUAGCUACCUGCGACAGGUAUCUCCUCUGUGAUGUCAAGACUGGGAACACAGAGGAGCUUUUCCCCCACAGUCGCAACAGGCAGCGUGUUAUUGUUACCUCAGCGGGACCAGGGGAAUUCCUCCUGAAUGGGCCUGAAUCUUUGGGCAUGUUUGUGAUGAAGACAGGGAUUUGCCAGCGCCCUCCCCUGCAGUGGCCUCUGGAGGUGCUGGCAGCCGAAGUAUGUUUCCCUUACGUCCUCACCCUGCAGCCUCAAGUGUUGUCUGUUUACAGCAUGAUAGAUCAGCAGCGCAAACAGACUGUGAGUCUCCAUGGAGCAAAGGGUCUGCUCUCCACAUCAGAUGGCGUGUUAGUGUUCACAGAGAGAGACAUUUUCAGCCUGAGUCUGGUGCCAUUCAAAGAGCAGAUCCAGGCACUUGUAGGACAAGAGAGGGUCGAGGAGGCAUUACUGCUGCUGGAUGGAGUUCAAAGCAGUUGUCCACUUGACUCAUACAAGGAGCUGCAGAAGGCCAUCGCUUGCUUGGCUGGAUUUGUUCAUUUUUACCAGGAGGGUUUUUCCGAGGCCAGAGAUCUAUUCAUUAAAGGUGAGUUGGACCCCAGAGAAAUCAUCCGCCUCUACCCAGACAUGCAGUCGUGUCUCAGCGAGGACUUUCAGUCCCGGCUUGACCGAGUGAACAAGGGCAGGGAUCUCCAGGUGCUCUGGCAAGAGGAAAGAGACACAUUUCAUCAUUACCUGGCCUUCCUGGGAGAUUUCCUCAGAGCAGUCAGAGGGACGGAGCAGGACCUGAAGUGUGCUACGGAGGUGGACUGCGCCCUCCUGUGGCUGUACGCAGAACUGGGAGACAGUGAAAAUCUGCAGCAGCUUGUGACAUUUACCAACGAAUGCAGCCUGGAUCAUUGUGUUCCUGUUCUGGAGAAACACAGCAGAUUUUUUGCUUUAGGUUCCCUGUAUCAAAGUCAUGGGAAGCAAACUGAUGCAAUAAAGACUUGGGUGAAGAUUGCAGAGGGCCCCAACAAAGACCCUUCUUGCCCAGAUGUAUAUGGCCAUAUAGUGUGGACUCUGAGUCAGCUGGAAGACAGAGAUGCUGUGUGGACAUUUGCAGACUGGACUCUGCAAAGAAACCAAGAGAUAGGUGUGCAGAUUUUCACCAAGCGUCCACCAGAUGAUCGACUGGAGACACAAGAUGUCCUUGUUUGCUUGGAGAAGUACCCACUGGCGCUGGUUUUGUAUCUUGAGUUCUUAAUCCAAGAUUUGAGCAGUGAGGAGGAGAGACAUCACAACCGUCUGGCUUUGGCAUAUGUUACUCAGACUCUGCAAGAAGAAGAGGAAACAGAUUUGAGGCCGACCAGAGGGAAGCUUCAACAGCUGCUAUGGGAAUCCAAAUUCUAUGACGUCUCCACUGUAUACGAGAGAGUCAAGUCAACAACCCUGCACACAGAGAAAGCCAUUCUCCUCGGGAAGACGGGGGAACACUCCCAGGCUCUGCAGGUGCUUGUUCACCAGGAGCAAGACCUCCAGGCUGCAGAGGCCUACUGCUGCAGGGCUGCCCAGGGCCGGGACACUCAGUUCAGGCAGGCCUUACUGCUCACCCUGCUCCAAAUCUACCUGGGCUCUGAGGAUUUUACCAACACUGCGGUGGAUCUGCUCAACAACAACCCUCAGGUCUUUGCAGCUGAGAAGGUCAUCCAGCUCCUGCCUGACUCCUGGUCUGUUCAACUAGUAUCUCAGUUCUUAGUUGGAUCCGUCAGGGAGACCUUCCACCAGAGACGGAUGGCGAUGCUGCAAAAGGCGCUGGCUCAGGCGGAGCUCAUGAGGCACAAGGUCACUUGGAUGCAGGCCUCAAAAACAAAGGUCGGACUGGACAAGGAGCAGAAGUGUAAGGUUUGUCAAAGAGACCUUGCAGAGCCACAGUUUGCCUGUACCCUGCAUGGCGAGGUGAUGCACACCACCUGCGCUGAGUCGUAAAGACACUGAUAAACCAGCCUGUGGCCUGUUCAUGCACAUAUGUGUGUCUCUUCACACUUGACAAUCACGUUCAUUUCUAGUCGGAUAAGUGUCUGCUUCCUACCUGAUAAUUUAUCUAGAUUAGACUGUGUCAUCUAGGAAAACUCUUGACAAGGAUUCAAUUCAUGGACCUUGGACCAGACACGUUCCCUAAUUAGAAAAAGAAAAUACAUUGUGUAAAUAACUGGUUUCAAAAUGCAAAAGAGCAUGCAGUGCACUUUUUCAGGGCGGCGUGUCUGAGCUAUUUCCUAGAGACACUGUAGACAGCAAUAGCUAUAAAGUGAAUUGUGGAGGACACUCAGGGAUAUAUAUUCACUGAUCAGACAGUGGUGUUUCACAUGGAAACCACCCGUGGUCACCCUGAUGACCAGAGGGAAUUUGACCAUCCUCCACUGCUGUAUAUAUGCAUCCCCACCAUCAUGGUUUCCACUGACUGUGUAUAUUUGUCUGCAUACAGCUGGAAAUAGAAAGUCAACAUGCUGCACGUGAGAGACUUUUCUUAUUCCAUCUGUACAUUAAUUUACAUUUAUGACCAAAAAAUAAAAACAAAACAAAACAAACAAAAAAACCCACAAUUAUAGGUUUAAAACUGAAAAGCAAAAAGGUCGAGGAAGUGCAGAGUUUUGGGUCAUUUCUGUUAUAAACUAAUUUUACAAGCAACUAAAUGACAUGUCUGUGCUUUGCAUGGAAUAUGAAAUCAGAGGCAAUUUUAACCAACAUCAUCCCUAUAUCAUUAGGGAACAUCACAGACAUGUGUUGAAAAUAAUAACACACAAACUCCAGCGUGUCCGCAUGUACAGUAUGGAAAUCUUGCGAAUAAACUUAAACACAUAUCAUUAAAUCGGAUGACACCGGACUCAAGAUAUAUUUGUCUUUUUCUGUCAGAAUUUAGUCAUUAAGGCUAACCAUAACUGCAAGUGCUUCUUUAUCCUGAUGCAUUUUGGGACACAAGUUAAGGAGACGCCUAAGGGGGCUGGAACAGUGACUUGGCUGGAUUGCUUGUGAGUUUUUGGCCUGGGGGGAGUGACUAAUUGCAAUGUAGAUAAAUAGUGAAUUAUGAGCAUGUUGGAUGGGAUUAUCUCUUUGUGAUGCCCUUGCCAAGAUUUUUUCUUCCUAAUGAGGCGUUUGUGGGAGUUUCCCAUCAUUCUCACUGAGUGUCUAUAAGGCAAUGGAGAGUUGUGUUCAUUGAAUGUUUCACAGUGUGGGUGUUAUGAAGCCUUUGGGGAGUGUAACUAGGAUUAAGGUUUAAAAGAAAGCUACAAUUGACUUGGUAUUUAUCACUUUGAGUGCAUACAUUUUACCUCUGAUUCCUAUAAAUAGACUGAAUCAUAGGUCAGAAAACCUCAAGAAAGCUUUCUUCCUAGCUUUUUUUUCUUUUAUGUGGUUGCAGGAAAAUUGCCACGUCCACUCCUCCAUAUCAGCUCCUUGUAAUUUUGAUAAUGUAGGCAUUUCAUUUCACUAUACUGUUCAGUCAUUGUAAGCACUGCUGGAUAAACAGCUGAAAAGUAUCACUGCAAAGAAAAACAGCAUCACCUCAUUUUCUUUUACUUGAUUUAAGAUAUGAAGGGAACCUCUCACAGUUUAUAUGGACUGGCUGCGAGGGCUGCUGCUGUGUGAUUGGCUGAGCUUUGGGCCGUGCCUGAUGACCAUUGACCACAGGAUUAUGUCCACUCCUUCCCUCUCUCGGACAUCCUCAGGGAACAUUAAUGUUGUUUUGAACACUUGAGGUUAUGCUGCGCCUCAAAAACGUUUUUCUCAUCUUUGAUGUUGACCAACAGCCAUAAGUAACCCAAAGGUAAAAAUAAGCAGACACAAGUGCAAAUAUACUUUCUUCUACCUAAAUACCUAAACAAUUUAGUGCAUUUAAAGGAUUUUUUAAAAACCUUUCUCUUCUGAUGCAUCAAGAUGCUUCUCCCUUGUAAUCUGGAGUUAAGUGCCUGAGUAGGCCUGGACUCUGGAUCACUGCAAGGUGCCCCGGGGUGCUAUGGGGUGCUGGCCAGAUGGUCAUUUUACACAUGAGGGGAAUGGAAUGGAUGCAAAAAUCAACAGUUAUAAAGGAAAGUAUGGUGGGCAUCCAGACUUUGGUCUCCCAUUAUAAAUAUCCAUGCCGCCACAGAGUCAGUACUAGGAGGAGAAAACAAGAACAUUUUCUUCUUGUGCUUUUCUAAAUUUAAAGGAAAAAAUGCCGACUGUCUGGAGGGUAGGAUGUAAUUGUUUACAUGUUAACAUAGUUUUAUAUGGAGUGUGAAGGACACGGUUGGGUUGUGAGAUGCAAAGGGCCUUUUUGCCUUUACAGUAUGUUUUUGAAAUCUUCUGUUUUGGGGUCCCCCUUGAACAGCUCAAAAAAUGUACUUUACCUUUUGUACUUCACGACACGAGUAUUGAUCGACUGUGAUUUUGAACAGAUUUUCAGAACAGAAGUCUUCUACAGAAAAUGAUACAUUUUGCCUCUAUUUAGGGUCUCAAAGACAACUAUACAUGGUUUAAUACAAUUACUUUUUAUUUACUCUAUGUCUGUGAGUUUUAUAGUUGUUUGAUUAUAAGAGGUCUAAAAGGGAGUUAGACCUCUCUGGGGUCCGAAUGACUUUAAGUAAGGUCACUGUGAAGAACUUUUUUUGCAUGUAAAAACAUUUUGUCAAGCAAAAUGAAUAUAUAUUUGUACAGUGAGAUCCCAUUUUACAUAUAGAAAGUAAUGAAAUGUUCCCUUAUGUGGUGUAAUAAAUCAGCUUCAUAGUCAUUUCUGUAUUUUUGUCACACUCAUCAAAUGUACAAGCUCAGGGUUAUUGCUUUACGGAGAGGGUUACCAACUCAGUGCUUUUCUACAUAUUGAGUUUUAA